UCUCCGCGCGCCCGGGGCACGCCGCGCGCGAGGCACGACGGGACUUGUAGUUCCGAGGCCGCUCGACGCUCCGCCCGCGCGGCGCCACGUGACCUCGCGCUGGCGGAAGUGACGCGGCAAGACAGGCGUGGCGAGCCCGGGCGUUUCCGCAAACAGAAUGGUGAAUGGCCGUGCCGUGUUCAUGAAGCUUUAUCAAUCCAAGUAGCCCAAAAUGGAGAAUUCCACAAACACAGAGGAAUGUGGGGAGAUGCCUCUUGAAGAAGCAUCAGCAAAGUCUGAAUCGGAGUCUGCCUUCAGUGCUAGUGAGAACACAGCGGCUCCUGGACCCGGGCUUUCUAAGACGCUGGCCUGCGAGCAGGCAUGUGCACCACAGAAAGCGAAAGGGUCUGAAGACAAGCUUGAAAAGGAGAGCUCCAGUUCUGCGGGUGAGGACGACAUCUCAAAGAGAAGGGAGGUAGAAACUGAGGACGGCCCCCGCGAGCCUUGCCCUGGGGAUGGCCCUCAACAGAAGAGAAAAAGAGAACUCGAAGAUGUUCCCGAGGACGGCCCGGGCGAACCUGGCACCGGAGAUGGCCCUCAGAAAAAGAGAAAAACAGACCUUGAAGAAGUUCCUGAUAAGCAGAAGAAGUUGGAACAUGGGCAUGGCUCAGCGGUGGCUGCCCACUAUAAUGAACUUCAGGAAGUUGGUUUGGACAAGCGUAGUCAGAGUCGUAUAUUUUACUUAAGGAACUUCAAUAAUUGGAUAAAAAGCGCUCUUAUUGGGGAAUUUUUAGAAAAGGUUCGAGAGAAAAAGAAACGUGACAUCGCUGUUUUGGAUCUGGGAUGUGGCAAAGGUGGAGAUUUGCUGAAGUGGAAGAAGGGUAGAAUCCACAAGCUCGUGUGUACUGAUAUCGCUGAUGUCUCGGUCCAGCAGUGUCAGCAGCGUUACGAAGACAUGAAAAAUCGUCGUGACGGUGAUCAGAUUUUCAGUGCAGAAUUUAUAACUGCCGACUGUUCAAAGGAGCUUGUGAUUGGCAAACUUCGUGAUCCAGAAAUGUGCUUUGACAUCUGCAGUUGUCAGUUUGUUUGUCAUUACUCAUUUGAGUCCUACGAGCAGGCCGACAUGCUACUCAGAAAUGCUUGUGAGAAACUCAACCCUGGCGGCUAUUUUAUUGGUACCACUCCCGACAGCUUUGAACUGAUAAAACGCCUUGAAACAUCAGAAACAGAAUCUUUUGGAAAUGAAAUCUAUACUGUGAAAUUUCAGAAGAAAGGAGAAUAUCCUCUGUUUGGCUGCAAAUAUGACUUCAACUUGGAAGGUGUUGUGGAUGUCCCUGAAUUCUUGGUUUAUUUUCCACUGCUAAAUGAAAUGGUGAAGAAGUAUAAUAUGAAACUAGUCUACAAGAAAACAUUUCUGGAAUUUUAUCAAGAAAAGAUUAAGAACAAUGAAAACAAAAUGCUGUUGAAACGAAUGCAGGCCCUAGAGCCAUAUCCUGCAAAUGAGAAUUCGAAACCUGCUUCUGAGAAGGAGGAUGACUACAAGCAUGCUGCAGAGUACAUGAGGAAGAGUCAAGUGAGGCUGCCUUUGGGAACCUUAAGUAAAUCGGAAUGGGAAGCUGCAAGUAUUUACUUGGUUUUUGCCUUUGAGAAGCAGCAGUGAACACGCGGACAGUAGCCGCUCACGUAGCCGUGCUCUGCCUGACAGUCGUGAAAAGCCAUCGCCCAUAGAGCGGCAGCUCUGUUUUCACUCUGCACAUGCAGGGUGCUGCCAGAAACUCCAAGACUUGCUGUCUGUGACAGAUGAACUUUGGUGUGUGUAUAUAAGGAGCUGGGACCUUUGUCUUUAAAAAUCUAUUUUUAAGUAAUGUUCACAGAAGCCCAUUUACCUUUACUCUGUUAGCGCAAAGCUUUCAUCAUGUGACUUGUUAGGCAGCCGUACUGUUUCUACAGUGGUUUUUGUUCAGUAUGUAUUUACAGUGUUCAAUUUAUUGCAAUUGUAGAAUUGAUGAGGAGA